AUGGCGGCGCCCAUGGGGCGUACUCUGCUAGGGGUGGGCUAGAGGCUGCGACGUCUCGACCAGUCUCUGGGCGGGUAGCCCGCGGGUCUAGCGGCCUGUCCGCUUGAGGCUGCGCCCUCAGGCAGCCGGUCUCCAUGGCGCCUGUUGGGUGCCUUGUGUCUGCAGCGGCCACCGCUGAUUACCAAGCCGCUCACCCCAUUGCAGCAAGAGAUGGCGGAUCUACUACAGAAGGUGGAGAUAGAGAGAAGCCUGUAUUCAGACCACGAGCUUCGUGCUCUGGAUGAAGCUAAGCGACUGGCAAAGAGAAAGCUGACCCUUUAUGAUGAUAACCAAGACGAACAGGGCGUUACACUUGCGCAAGACUUAGAAGAUGCGUGGGAGCAGGCAUUCCUACAAUUCAAACCUGGAGCUCGAGUGACAGAAGCUGAUAAAAAAAAUGACCGAACCUCGUUGCAUCGGAAGCUUGAACAGGAACCUUGUCCUUUUAGAGUCAGAGAGAAGCUUGGGGAUCAGGAUUUUUGGAUGCUCCCUCAAGUAGAGUGGCAACCUGGGGAGACCCUUCGAGGGACAGCUGAACGAAUCCUGGACAAACUAUCAGAAAACAACAUGGAAGCCAAGUUCCUAGGAAAUGCCCCUUGUGGCCACUACAAGUUCAAACUCCCCAAGGCAAUGCGGACAGAGAGUGACAUUGGGGUCAAAGUCUUCUUCAAAGCUCUUCUGCUCACAGGAGACUUCUCACAGACUGGGAAGAAGGCCCGCCAUGUGUGGGUCAGUAAGGAAGAGCUGGGUGACUAUCUGCAGCCCAAGUACCUGGCUCAGGUCAGGAGAUUCCUUCUUGACGUUUGAUGGACGCAGCUGCCCGUUGAUGCUCACACAAGUCAAGUGCUGGGACCUCAGGAACAAUGCUCACCGCCCGUUGACGGGACCAUCAAGCGCUAAACUAAGUUCUGAGAAUUAAAUGUGUUUUGUCAUUGUGCUGGA